CCCUAGCAACUGACAACAUUAGCUAAGUGAGCGUUGAUUUGUUUUACGUUAGUUGUUACUUUGACAGAAAUUAACUACCUUAGUUUGUUAUUUAGCGUUAUGUUCUAGCUAUAUUUAGAGCCUCUUUCAAUAGCACAAUUAAUUUGUAAUACUGUAGACAAGCUGUUUUUUUUAACAUCAGCGUUUCUAGUUAACUUCGUGUUUUCUUUUCAGACAGCUAACGCUAGCAUAACUAACGUCAGUUGCUAGUUAGCGUUAACGUCUCCAAAAUAAGACAGUCACCUUAAGAUGUCCUCCAUUGGCAGUACAGCGGAUGUUUUACAGAAAGUCAACCAGUUUUGGUCCAUCCUGGAUGAUCUUUCUCAAAAUGACCCCACAGCCUACCGCAAGUUGAUUGAGAAACAGUUGAAGGAAGCUGGAUUCAGCGAACCCCCUGAACUCGACUCCUGUUUGCGCACCGAAAUAGUGGAGCCCAAGAAAGGGUCACUGUAUAUCAACAUAUGCAGCUGGAAACUUGUGCCUGCACCUCAGGAUCCCAGCGUGCCUUUACCUCUGUGUGGAGGAAAACUGGAAACAGACACAAAUGAAGGUCAAGGUUGGUACACUGUGUUGGAUGUGGCAUUCAACCCUGCAGUGCUACAGGAAAGUAAGAAAAAAAAAACAGAAUUGUAUAUGCUGGCCCUGAGCUUUGCCCAGCAGCAUCAUGGGAUGAGGUUAACCCAGCAGUACACGGUCAUCAGCUGCAGCCCAAAAAGUAGCCCAGAUGACUUGCACCGCCGGCUUGGGUUUCGGCAACCCUCCAGACAACCAGACACAGCCAGUCAGACCCCAGCUGCUUUUCUGCAGAAGAUCUUCUCUCUACGCUCUGAGAAACAACACAAGGACCCAGCAGCACAAAUUAUCUGCAGAAGUUCAGAGAACAAAAAGAAGGAUUUGAUCCAGGUCAUCUCCAGUAAAUCUGUGCAGCCUCAGAAGCCAGAGUACAAACUCGAGGUGAAGACUGAUAACAAAGGAGUAGCUCGCAGUAUGGAGCUGACAGUGGAGCUGCCAAAGGUUUGCUCCAUGUCAGAGUGCCAGCUGAGAAUCUCCAAGGAAGACGUCUUACUGGAAGUGGAGGAUAUCUACUAUUUGCUUUUAGAAUUCCCCCAAACUGUGAUUGAAGACACUGCAUCUGCCAUUUUUAACAAGAAGAAACAAAUACUUACUUUGAAAGUGGAUGUGGCUAUACUAUGA